AUGUCCCUUCCCCGAAGAAGAGUCUCCGUCUCCAGCACGCGGAGCGACUCUCCGCUCGUGUUCGCCACAGCGCCGAACGCCGACUCCGAGGCCUGGCUCGCGGAGUGGAAAGCCGUGUUGGCCAAAGACAUUAUCGACUCGCCCGUCGUGACUGUCGAUGCAGACACCAGCGUGGAAGAUGCGUGCGAGCUGCUGCUCUCCAAGGAUCUGGGAUGUCUUGCCGUCAAGAUACCACCCAACCGUUCGCCAAAGGCCUCUCCCUUCUACGGCCUCUUCGACUUUGCGGACGUCAACGCGUUCCUCACCCUUGCUGCGACCCGACACAAGAUAUCCGUCGAGGCGUUACGCGAGAAGCCGCGAGUGCAGGAGAUCCUAGAUGCUGCAGGCACCGGGAAGGUACCCGCCUAUCUUGUGUCAAACUUGUCUGAGAAGAAUCCACUGGAAGUACUGCCUUCCGAUGCGAACUUGGUGGAUCUACUGGCCGUCUUCGCACGGGGCGCUCAUAGAGCCAUAAUCCAAGCGGCACCCGCAUCGCCAUCCAGCUCCCAACCUUACUCCACCUCCGCAUACCUCGGCCUCGUCUCCGACCGCGCCCUCCUCGCCUGGCUCACCUUGCACGCCGAGCGCACCCCUUCUCUCCUGCGCUUCCUCUCGGUGCCGCUCACGUCCCUCGCGCUCCCCUCACUGCACCUAUAUGCGGCCGUCAUCGCGGCCAAUGCCAGAGACAGCGUGUUGUCGGCUAUGCGGCUCAUGUGUGACGAGGGCGUGGGCAGCAUCGCGGUCGUCGAUGAGGAGAGCGGCGGGCUGCUCAGCGCGGUGAGUGUGACUGACAUCGGGAGGGUCAUCGUGCCGGCGCAGAGUAAUGCCAUCCUUGGGACGGCGCUGCGGGAAUUGGUGGCCAAGAUCAAGGAACCGGACGGAUCGACAGACGGUGCGGACAAGUUCCCGGUAUACAGCGUUACGCCGAACAACACGCUCUUCUAUACCAUGCAGAAGCUCCUUGCCACGAAUGCCCACCGCGUCUUCGUCACCGACUCCGACUCGCCCCCUUCGAGCACCUCCAACUUCACCGCGCCCACGCCCAACAACCUCUGCGGCAUAGUGUCUGUCGUCGACGUGCUCUCCUUGUUCGCGCUCACCGCGAACAUCCCCGACGUCGACCCGACGCGCAUGCAGCGCCACCGUCGCGCGUCCUCGACCUCGUCCGGAGAGUCCCCGUUCGCGGGGCCUGGAGGCGGUUCUCCAGGCCCGUCCCCGCGGCGGUCGAACUCGCGGUCGAGCUCGAGCGGGCGCACCGCCGGUGCGCGCCACCAGCGGCGCGUCGGCAGCUUCGACGCCGCGGGCGUCCCCGCUGUGCUCAAGUGGGCGGAGCGGGUAACGGAGUGA